ACACCUCCCAUCCUCCCCCCCAAGCCCAGCAGCCAAGAGCCCAGCCGCAUCAGCACGCCAGCCUCCGGCGCACCUCCGCCUCCGCCGUCGUCCUUGUCCGAAGCGGGGCAGCAGUACCGGACCUCGGCGAUCCCAAGCGUCUCUUCAGCAGCCGGGCCGACGCCGCCUCCUCCGUCCGCCGUCGCGAGAGCCGCCGAGGUCCCUGAUCCGGGCGACCAGUGGCUGCCGCAGGUGCUCCAGGACAAGUCCAAGCAAGACAUUGCCGACAUCCUCACCAGCCCAGCCCUCCUCAACGGCCUCACAAACGCCCCCUCGUCCAUCCACCCCUCCCUGCUCGCCUCCCACCAGGCCCUCGCCGCCUCCCUCGCCGCAAACACAGACCUCGCCGCCCGCCUCGCCGACCAGGAAUCCCGCCUCGCCCGCCAGCGCUCCGCCGCCCAGGCCCAGCUGCUCUCCAUGCACGCCCUCGAGCGCCAGUGGCGCCAGAAGCAGUCCGACAUGGACCUCGCCCUCGCCCGCUUCAGCCCCGCCGCGCUGUACCAGCUGCUCGGCCAGAGCGUCCAGGAGCAGGCCCUCGUCUGCCAGGCCAUGGAGGAGAGUUUCCUGGACAGCGACGGCGUUGAUGGCGGGGAGACGUCGGAGAGGGAGGCGGCCGAGUGGAUACGGCGGUAUAGGGAGGCCAAGACGCAGUUUUAUCUGAGACAGGAGCGUAAAGAGCGUUGGGACGAGGGCCGCGUUGGCGGUUGGAGGUGA